AUGGCGCGAACCUCGUUUUUAACCAUCGCAGCGUUGUAUGCGUUCGUAUAUACCGUCCUCGCCUCCUCCGAGCCGGUGCAAUACUGCCCAAUCGCGGAUGUAUGCUACCAAGUCGCAGUACCGGAGGCUUCCGCUGCCAGAAAUGGGGGUAACAUAUACCUACAGCUGCGAGCGCCGGUAUCAUACUCGUGGGUGGCCUUCGGUACGGGGGACGCCAUGGCAGAUUCGAGCAUCUUUGUGAUGUAUCAAGACGGCAACGGUAAUGUGACAAUAUCAGCACGUGCUGGAACCGGGCAUAGCAUGCCACGAUACAACUCCAUCGUACAGCUAGAGCUCCUCGAUGGAAGCGGCCUCUUCAACAACGAGCAGACGAUGAUCGCCAACGUCAGAUGCGGCAACUGCGGUACAUGGCCGGGGGGCUCUAUGCGCCUAGACGAUAUCGAGGCACCCUGGAUUGCGGCAUGGAAGACAGGCGGCGCCGUCAACAGCGCAAACCCGGACGCUCAGAUCCGGUACCACGACGCGCACGACACGUGGGCGUUCGACCUAACAGCAGCCACCGUGACUAACGACGCGAACCCGUUUGCGGGCGCAAGGCAGUUCGAUAACAACAACCGUGGCGUGGGCAGCGGCAGCUUCGCCGAUCCACGCAUCUUGAUCCUAGGUCACGGUAUCAUCAUGGCCGUCGUCAUGAUCAUCCUGUACCCGUUGGGUUCGGCGCUCAUGCCCCUAUUCGGCAAGUGGGCAAUCCACGCAGCGUGGCAACUCUUCGCCUUCCUGAUAAUGUGGGCUGGCUUCGGGCUGGGUGUCGUCGCCUUGCAGCGCAUUCAACUUGACUUCAAUUCGGCACAUACGAUCCUCGGCACGGUCGUGGUCGGCCUAAUGGGGUUUCAACCGCUCCUGGGCUGGUUCCACCAUAAGCACUUUAUGAGACACCAGUCCCGAGGUCUCGUAUCGCACGCUCAUAUCUGGUACGGCCGCGCCCUGAUAAUUACAGGCAUAGUCAACGGCGGGCUCGGUCUGGAGCUUGCAGGUGCCCCCAGAACCUUUGUGGUGGUGUACGCUGUCUUUGCCGUUGUUAUAUUCGGCAUAUAUGUGGGUGCUGCUCUGUUCGGCGAGUGGCGUCGCCGCCGAACCGGAGGUUAUGUGCAGAAGAGUUCCUGA